GUCACGUGCUGCCCAGCGUCGGGCGGAGGGAGUGGGCAGCGCGCCGCGCCGCAGCCUGGGCUCCGGGGGGCACCGGGCCCGCCACGAGCACGGCGGGUGGGGCCCCUGAGCCGGCAGAAUGUCCCUGGCUGCUUAUUGUAUCAUCUGUUGCCGGAGAAUAAGAACCUCAGCUCCUCCAGCCAAGAGCCGAACGUACUGGAGAGACGGCAGAAACAUCGUAAAGCUUACUGGAUCUCUGAUCUUAGGAGGUUCUGUAUUUUUUACAUAUGAAGUUCUGGCCCUGAAGAAGUCUUUGACAUUACACACUGAAGUGGUAGAGAAAGAAAAGAUGAAGUCCUACAUCUACAUGGACACAGGCUCUCUAGAUGAAAAAGGCGAUUAUGGAAUCACUUACCUGGCGAGAAAGGAGAUUCACAAAGCAGUCAGAACAAUUUUAGCAACGUCAGCCAAACUGUUCCAGAGCCCGUUUUCUGACACGUUCAGCACCGUGGACGUGGAGGACCACGAGUGCCCCGUGUGGCUGCUGCUGCGGAAGAGCCGGUCGCAGGCCCGGGAGGCCCGGCUGCAGGCUGUGCAGGAGAUGGCCGAGGCCCACCAUUGGCAGGAUUACCAGUACAGGACCAUUGCCCAGGCCGCAGAUCUGAGGACCCUCGUCGGUUUGGCACGGAGCAAAGACAGUGACCUUCGCUUCUUUCUACCACCGCCUCGUUUGCCUGCCAUGAAAGAGGACUCCUGCAUCGAGGAGGAGCUCAGGCAGCUGCUGUCCUCCUUACCCCAGACGGAGCUCGACGAGUGUAUCCAGAAUUUUACGUCUCUGGCCCUGAGCGAGAGCAGCCAGAGCCUCGCGGCUCAGAAGGGUGGCCUGUGGUGUUUUGGAGGAAACGGACUUCCCUACGCGGAGAGCUUCGAAGUGCCCUCGGUGACCAUGGAGAUGUUCUGCUUGGAAGCCAUCGUCAAACAUUCCGAGAUCGCGGCGCACUGCGACAGGCUGGCGGGGAGCGGCGGGCUGCAGCUGCUGCAGCGCCUCUACCUGCUGCACCAGGACUGCCCGCAGGUGCGCCGCAGCGUCCUGCGCAUCGUGGGCAACAUGGCCCUGAGCGAGCACCUGCACGCCGCUAUCGCCCGCGCCGGCUGGGUCUCCCUCAUGGCCGAGGCCAUGAAGUCUCGCCACAUCAUCGACGUCUCGCACGCGGCCCGGGCCCUGGCUAACCUCGACCGGGACAGCGUGCAGGAGAAGUACCCGGACGGGGUCUACGUGCUGCACCCCCAGUUCCGGACCAGUCAGCCCAUUAAAGCAGAUGUCCUUUUUAUUCAUGGCCUUAUGGGAGCAGCCUUCAAAACCUGGCGCCAGCAGGACACCGAGCAGAGUCUGACGGAGGCUCUUUCCGAGGAUGAGGCUGGCUACACGACGUGUUGGCCCAAGUCGUGGCUCGCGAGAGACUGCCCCGCGCUCCGCAUCAUCUCUGUGGAGUACGACACCAGCCUGAGCGACUGGCGGGCACGGUGCCCGAUGGAAAGGAAGUCCAUUGCAUUCAGGAGCAACGAACUGCUGCAGAAGCUCCGAGCCGCCGGCGUAGGGGAGCGGCCCGUGAUCUGGGUGUCCCACAGCAUGGGGGGUCUUCUUGUCAAGAAGAUGCUGCUGGAGGCCUCUAAGAAGCCCGAGAUGAGCCGGCUGGCCAGCAACACGCGCGGGGUCAUCUUCUACAGCGUGCCCCACCGCGGCUCCCACCUGGCCGAGUACUCGGUCAACGUCCGCUACCUGCUCUUCCCCUCCCUGGAGGUCAAGGAGCUCAGCAAAGAUUCUCCUGAACUGAAAAUUCUGCAGGAGGAUUUCCUGGAGUUUGCGAAAGGCCAGAACUUCCAGGUGCUGAAUUUCGUGGAGACGCUGCCCACCUACAUCGGGAGCAUGAUCAAGCUGCAUGUGGUGCCCGCCGAGUCGGCAGAUCUAGGCAUCGGAGACCUCAUUUCGGUGGAUGUGAACCACUUGGACAUCUGUAAGCCAAAGAAGAAGGAUGCUUUUUUAUACCAGCGCACCUUACAGUUCAUCCGAGAGACUUUAGCCAAAGACCUGGAAAACUGACGGCCGCCCUCCUUCCCUCAUGAGCACAUACGGUGUGGGGAACCUGGUGUUUUCAUUCUUUCUGGCGCUCAGCUGCCGUGCGGAUGGUCGGGACCCCGCGCAUCUGGAGUGGGCCGCGGGCCUAGGGCCGUGGGCUUUUGUUCCGAAAAGUACAGACACAGAAAGAAGCCUGGGGUUGGGGCAAGAGGGCAGCGGGGAGAGCACUUACCUUGCCCCCAGCCAACCUGGGUUCAAUCCCCAGCAUCCCCUGAGCACUGCCAGGAGUGAUCCCUAAGCAUUGCCAGGUGUGUCCCUCUGCCCACCUCUUCCCCUCCAAAAAAAUAAGAAGCCCACACUGCCAUCUUGGAUUUCCAAGAAUUUCAACGUGGGCCUAGUGGUGUUGGGAGUUUGCCUGGGUUCUCGGGAAGCCUCGCCCCCCACACACACACCGCUCCCAUCUCCCCCACUUUGCCCCCAGAUGCCAUUUGGAGAGAACCUCACCGGACCGAGCAGGAGCUGGCACAGAGGAGUCGGGCUUUGUUGCCAGUUUCCACGUGCUGUGGACUUCCGGGAACUGAAAUGGAAACUGUCGCGUGGUCAUGUUAGACUGUGCUCCCCAGGGCUCAUUGUCUUGUCACUUUAUUUUCAUAAUGCCAUGAACAAAUGUUUCUUCUUAAAAAUCAUUCUACCCUAGAGAAAUUCUAGAUGGUAGCUACCUAUAUGUGGGAUUUUGUCCCCGUAAAAGAGAAAGUAGCUAACCCAUGAUUGAUCGGGGGUAAAACUACUCAGUUGUCGUGUGU